AUGGUUCAAAUUUGGUACAUGGAAUCAUAUCCAUUCGGUGAUCCUCGUCUACCGCAUCACAUGUUCCCUCCGAAGAAAAUUACCCCUGAUGAGAUGACCAAGAAGACCGGUGCUCUUUAUUUCAAGAUUGAUACAAUGGACCAAAUAGGAAUGUCAAAACGCAUCGCGCUAUUAAAAUUGGAACGGAACUUAACAAGAGAAGACAUGUUCACAUUGGACGCUGAAACGACGGUUGAUUUCUACGAAAAAAUCGCAGAAUUAUUCGAGGAGACUGAACUGGAUUGGGAACAGGCAAGGAUGAUUAUCGAGGGGUCGGCAUACUAUGAUUUCGAGGACGACGACGGACACUGGGUACGAAUACUUUGUGAAGAUGGUGAUAUGAUCAUUAUACCAGCUGGACGCUCGUUUAGAUUUACUACGACGCCAAAGAAUUUUGUUAAAAUGCGUCGCUUUUACAAGGAUGACGAGUAG